AUGUCUGUGGCCAUUCGGAAACAUAGAUGGGAAGGUCCUGAAACUCAAUGGAUGGGAUUGUCUCCAAGCUUUGCUGUUUAUGAUGCCUUCUGUUGCCAUAGAUUUACAGCAGAUAAUGUAAGACCAGCUAUGGAAGAACAUGAGGCUUUGUCAGAAGAACCGAAAGAGACCAAUUCUUCAUCUUUCAAACUCUUUUCUGUUGCUGAGGUUAAUGAUAUCAUUGAAAAACAAGAGCCAAUUCCAAAAGAAGUUAAUGAAAAUGAUAACUUAGAUGCGGAAGGUGUUUACCUGUCACCUGACACAAGUGUGGAAACUGUAGUAAAUGUUUCUAUAAUAAGUGAAGAACAUAAUUUCAUGGAAACGGGUGUAGUGCUGUGUCAAGAGGAAACCCCCUCUGAAAAUGUUAUUUUACAAGAGGGAAAAAUGGGCAUGGGAUAUGAGAAAUCUGAAAAAUGUGAAAUCAGUGAUAUCUCCGUAGGAAAAAAGGACACUUUUGAAGGUGAGGAUGAUUUGGAUACAAAUGAUGAGAACAACAAAGACAGUUUGAAUGUAUUAAACUUUAUGUCUGUAAUAGAUUCAGCUACAGAAAUACUAAGCAGUGGUACAGAUGUUGGGGAAAUUGUUACUCCUGGGGUGCAGCUAAUAUAUUCUGCUGUAAUUGCACAACAAAGAAGAAAAUCUGAUGCCUUCAAAGAUGGACAUGGAAAAAAGACUUGUGAUGUGGUGCUUGGUAAUUGCUCCAACCAAGGCUUUUCUCUCUGUAGUCAAGCUUUGUGUGAAACUGGUCCCUCAAGCUGCUUUCCACUCAGCUCUAGCACAAUGCUAAAAGAAAAUGGUGUUCAUAAAAGUGAGGUUACAAUUGAAGAUGUAAAUGAAAAUCAAAAAAUGUUGAACCCAACAGACCAGUGUUUACAAUUAAAGGAUAAUGGAGCUACAUGUGUCUCUGGAUAUGAACAUGUUCGACUUCGACGAAAAAAGGUAUGA